CAUAUAUGUACUUGUGUUGUGCCGCUUCCAAGCAGGUGACUGAAUUAGUAUAUUUAGUAUAUUUAUCAUGUGCAGAAGGGCGUUUUAGAAGAUUGUUCCUCUCCCUUUUCAUGUUCUGUUUGCAAGCUCAUAAUCUGUGAACUCAGGUGGCAAUGUUCAGAUUUUGGGAUUUUGGGUUGAGUCCAUUGAUUCCCUCAUUCCGUCCAAUUUCCUUUGAUUGCUCCAUUGUUUUCACACUACACAUACAGUAGGUAUAAUUUCAGAGAGUUAGUUAUAGCAAAUUAGACAUGAUUUUGUUAGGUACAUAUUGUUUCACCACAGUCCCAUCAACAGCACCAGCAUACCCUUCACUACCUCUAGGGUCGUACUUUGAUCUGCACAAGCCACUUCUAUAUUCCAAACCAUCCAAAUUCACCUCUCUUGUAAUCAAUGGCGGCAGAAGGAUCUGUGAUCUCUUUGAUUUGCACCAGGAGCAAGUCCCUUAUGAAGUGGCAUGGUCUUGGCAAAAGGAAAUUGUCAGGGACAAGAGGGCACAGAUUGAAAAGGAAGGAGAUUGUAAUGACACCCUUAUUAUUCUACAACACCCUCCUGUUUAUACAUUGGGCACUGCUAGUACUGUGGAGAACCUCAAGUUUGACAUGAAAAAUGCUCCUUUUAAUAUUUAUCGCACUGAGCGUGGUGGAGAGGUUACAUACCAUGGCCCUGGCCAGCUAGUUAUGUACCCAAUUAUCAACCUCCGAUCGCACAAGAUGGAUCUUCAUUGGUACCUUAGGACUCUUGAAGAGGUUGUCAUUCGUGUUCUUUCUUCAACAUUUUCAAUUCAGGCUUCUACAGUGGAAGGUUUAACUGGUGUUUGGGUUGGAAAUGAGAAACUGGCAGCUGUUGGCAUUAGAGUGUCUAGCUGGAUAACCUAUCAUGGCUUGGCACUUAAUGUCACAACAGAUUUGUCUCCCUUCAAAUGGAUCAUCCCAUGUGGAAUUCGGAACCGUCAAGUAGGAAGCAUUAAGGAGUUGGUGAGAGAGGGUGUUGGUCAUGGAAGAGCGGAUUUGCAUCAUCUGAAUGAUGCUAGUCUUAUUCAUAUUACACAUAAAUCCUUGCUUGAAGAAUUUUCACAAGCAUUCCAGCUCGAAUACAGUUACAAAAGCAUUUCUUCUUCCAUGUUGUAUGAAAGGAAAUGAAGCUCUCUAACCAAAUAAACACAGUAAGGUUAAAUUUGUAUGAUGGUAUAAUAUCCCUUGUCUCUGAAAUAUCAUCUGUUUUGCA